AUGAACGAGGGCCAGAAUUCCUCCCCGUGCAGGGUGGGAAUCCUGACCCAGCACAUCUGGGAUGGUUUCAAACUCCUGGGCAGGGACACCAAAACCAGGAGAGUUUUUCCUGAGAGCCUCAGGUCUGCCCUGUCUCCUCUUUGGGGAACGAGCUGCCAACGGGAAAGCAGAAGUGAAGGAGGCAGCUGUUUUGGGGUGUUACAGCCAGUUUUGGGGUAUUGCAGUGGGUUUUGGGGUGUUACAGCCGGUUUAGGGGUAUUGCAGUGGGGUUUGAGGUAUUACAGCUUAUUUUGGUGUGUUGCAGCUGGUUUUGGAGUAUUACAGCUGGUUUUUGGUGUGUUGCAGCUGGUUUUGGGGUAUUACAGCUGUAUUUGGGGUAUUACAGCUGUUUUUUGGAGUGUUGCAGCUGGUUCUGGGGUGUUGCAGCUGGUUUUGGGGUAUUACAGCUGGUUUUGGGGUGUUGCAGCUGGUUUGGGGGUAUUACAGCUGAUUUUGGUGUGUUGCAGCUGGUUUUGGGGUAUUACAGCUGGUUUUGGGGUAUUACAGCUGGUUUUGGGGUGUUGCAACUGGUUUGGGGGUAUUACAGCUGAUUUUGGUGUGUUGCAGCUGGUUUUGGGGUAUUACAGCUGGUUUUGGGGUAUUACAGCUGGUUUUUUGAGUGUUGCAGUGGGUUUUGGGGUAUUACAGCUGUACUUGGUGUGUUGCAGCUGUAUUUGGGAUAUUACAGCUGUAUUUGGGGUGUUACAGCUGUAUUUGGGGUGUUACAGCUGUGUUUGGGGUAUUACAGCUGUUUUUUGGGGUGUCGCCGAGCCAGCAUCACCCGGCAGCCCCUUCUCCCCUGCUGCCACCAUCCCUCCUGUCCCUGCCCCAGCUCCUGAGCCGAUGCUGCUCCAGGCUGAGCCCUGCCAGCCCUGUCCCUUGUCCCCGUGUCGCAGCGGGGCCGCUCUGCCGCCACCCCGUCGCUCUGUGCAUGUGUUUGUUUUGUUUCUCUCCGCUCGUGGGGGUGUUUUCUCCUCGUCGAAUUGUCCCCGCUGUGCUCGUGUUGACUCGUUUGCUGUUCUCUUGCCUCUGAUCCAGUCUCCGUACACACCCCAAAAAAAAAUAACACACCAAAAAAAACCCCAACCCCAAUAACAACAACACCCGAACCCAGCAACAACCCCAGGCAAAGAGGGCUGAGUUGGGAGCAAAUUUGGCAGCAGGGAGUGGGCACAGCAAGGUCAGGGCUGGGCAAGGAGCUGGGCAGAGCCUGGGGAAGGGAAAACAGGGAUGAGAAGUGUGGGAAGUGCAGGACAGCGGAGUGGGAAGUGUGGGCCCCGUCUCAGCGCUCGCCCGCCAGAUGCUCCGGGGGAGGCUGCAGGCUCUGGUGCUGGGGGGGAUCUUGUGGGGUAUUUUUGGAGCAAAGACACAGCUCAAAACUCCAUGUGCUGGUUCUCCAGAGCUGGGAUUGGUGCUGGGAAUGUUCUCUUGUGGUUUUGGUGUGAGGAGCCCCUCUGGGAAGGUUCUCCUGUGGUUUUGGUGUGAGGAGCCUGUCUGGGGAUGUUCUCCUGUGGUUUUGGUGUGAGGAGCCCCUCUGGGAAGGUUCUCCUGUGGUUUUGGUGUGAGGAGCCUCUCUGGGAAGGUUCUCCUGUGGUUUUGGUGUGAGGAGCCCCUCUGGGAAUGUUCUCCUGUGUUCCUGGUGUGAGGAGCCCCUCUGGGAAUGUUCUCCUGUGUUCCUGGUGUGAGGAGCCCCUCUGGGAAUGUUCUCCUGUGGUUUUGGUGUGAGGAGCCCCUCUGGGAACGUUCUCCUGUGGUUUUGGUGUGAGGAGCCCCUCUGGGAAUGUUCUCCUGUGGCUUUGGUGUGAGGAGCCCCUCUGGGAAUGUUCUCCUGUGUUCCUGGUGUGAGGAGCCCUUCUGGGAAUGUUCUCCUGUGGUUUUGGUGUGAGGAGCCCCUCUGGGAAUGUUCUCCCGUGGUUUUGGUGUGAGGAGCCCCUCUGGGAAUGUUCUCCUGUGGUUUUGGUGUGAGGAGCCUGUCUGGGGAUGUUCUCCUGUGUUCCUGGUGUGAGGAGCCCUUCUGGGAAUGUUCUCCUGUGUUCCUGGUGUGAGGAGCCCUUCUGGGAAUGUUCUCCUGUGGUUUUGGUGUGAGGAGCCCCUCUGGGAAUGUUCUCCUGUGGUUUUGGUGUGAGGAGCCUGUCUGGGAAUGUUCUCCUGUGGUUUUGGUGUGAGGAGCCCCUCUGGGAAUGUUCUCCUGUGGCUUUGGUGUGAGGAGCCCCUCUGGGAAUGUUCUCCUGUGGUUUUGGUGUGAGGAGCCUCUCUGGGAAGGUUCUCCUGUGGCUUUGGUGUGAGGAGCCCUGGCCUGGCCGCCUGCAUGGGGAAUGGUUGGGAAGGAGAGGUGUGGAAAGCAGAAAUCCAUUGCCUCACCCAGUAGCUCUUUUUUAAACUCAAAUCCCAUCCUCAGUUCUGGCUCUGCUGAAUAAACCCCUGGCCAAUAUAAACAACAAACAGUGAGAAGGGCCCUUCCUCUUUGAGGAACAGUUUGGGAAGGUGUCUCCUGUAUCCCAUCCAUGCAUCCAUCCACUGUGCCCUCUCACUGCUGAGCCAGCCAGGGACACCUCAGCUGGCCCAUCUGGCACCACCUCAUCCAUAAGAAGCCCAGGAGAGAGCCUGGGAUGGUGUCCCAGGCACUCACAGCACGCUGGGGUGGGUUUAGUUACUCUCACUGCUGUUCUACCUCAUUUUCUGGUUGCAUUUUCAGCUGGGGGAAGAAGAAUCCCUGCUAAAAAGGGGUGUUGAAAACAGCCACUGAGGUGAUGAAGGCACUGGAGCAUCUCUCCUUUGAGGGAACUGGGAAAGCUGGGACUGAUCAUGCUGGGGAAGGAUCAAUCCCUGUAGGGAGAGUGCAAAGAAAUGGGAGCAGGCUCUUUAAGAGGUGUCCAGUGAUGGACCAGAAGCACGAAAUGAAACAUGGGGGGUUCUACUUGAACAUCCUGCACGUGGUGAGAAGGGAGGGUGAUGCUCACCUGUGCUGGAGGGAGAGGCUGGCAGGAGCUGAGGGGCACAGGGAGCUCAGUGUCACUUCAGAUCUCACCUCCCAGCACUGUUGAACAUCCAGCCCGGCAUUGAUGAAGAGGUUUGGGUCAUCACAGAGGUGAUGAAGCUUCUUCUGCAUUUUCAGGGGGCUUGGAGGGUAAAAACAGCCAACAGAACCUCCCAGAGCACCUCUGGAUGUGGAAGAGCAGAAGUUCUUCCAUGAUUAGAGCAUGUGGUACAAAUAGAGACACUUGGAGCCAUCAUUUUCCAGCCUGGAUGCAGCGGUGGGACAGUUCUGGGUUUCAGUGAGCAGCAGUGGGACGGAGAGCAGGGAAUUAUCUGUUGGGCAGGGACACAGGACUGCUGCUUCCACCCUGGGAUGGGGUGAAAGUGAAAAGUCCCCUCAGCCCAGCUCCCUGGGGUGGCCAGGAGGACAAGGAGCAGCAAGUGAACUUCCUGAAGGAAAUAAAAGACUCAAAGAAAAAGAGCCAGGCCUGUGCCUUCCCUGCAGGUGGGGCAGAGGAGAGGGAAGCAGAGGAGUGGGAAGAUGUGGCAGAGUCAGGAGGAGCCGCUCGGCCUGGCUGGGCUGUGGGGGUCCUGCUCCGGGUGUUCAGAGCUCUGCGUGUCCCCACGUGUCCCCUGCAUGGAGCCCGGCCCUCCUUUGGCACCUCCAGCCAUUUGCUCUCGUUUCUUUUGCAGUUUCACCUCUCGGCAUUCCCAGCAGGGCUGACCCCGGGGUGGCUCAGUCCCAGCUCCCACCGAGGCAGAGGAAGCCCUGCACUCACUGCAGGGAGGUUUUUCACUUGUGACACACCAGGACAGAGCUUGGAGUGCUGUUUUCCCUGAUCGUUAAUCCCUCUUUUCUUUUUUUUCCUGCACCCAAACCACUUCUGCAUGCAGCAGGCAGGGAGAGGCACAGCACAGACUACCAGAGAGAGAGAUUAAACUCUGCUCCGAGUCUAAUCACAGGAUAAUCUCUACUGUGGUUGAAAAGCAAUAAUGGCUAAUUUUUUUACUAAAUACACUUGCACAGGCAGAUGUCACCCAGGGCUUGUGCUCUCCAGUGGCCAGAGGGGUGGCAGCCUGUGCUGAGGCUCCGGGGAGCAGCUGAAGGUGCAGAGAGCUUGGGGUGGGGGAGGCAAUAGAAAAAGCACACUGUGAUUUUAUUUGGGUCAACGAGUGAGUGUAUUUCAGCCAUUCCUUCCCUUUCAAUAAGAUGUUUGUAUAAUAGAGAACCAGUUCAGCUCCUGGAACUAAGCCCGUCCUUUGCUGUUUGUCAGUAAAAUAGUUUUUUGCA